GUGGUGUUAUUAUCGAUAUAGAUUUCUCAAGCAGUUUCUCUCAGAUUUUUAGUGAAAACAUUUCCAUUCAUUAUUCCUGAAUAAUUUAUAAUUGAGAUAUUUAAAAACCUAUUACUGUUAAGAACAAAUCAGCGAAAAAGUUGGGUUUUUAUGUGUGGUGUGCUUGGGUCGAAACUCGCUACAUUUUAAUCUGUGAAAUCUGUAUAUUGUGCACCUUUAACUUUCUCGAAGCUUUUUUCAAAUUUUGUCCAAAAUGACACAAAUGAGCCAGGAAGAAAUAGUAUCAAACACCAAAACUGUGCUUCAAGGAUUGGAAGCAUUAAGGGUGGAACAUUUAACCUUAAUCUCCAACCUAACCGAAGGUAGCAAAAAGGAUCCAGAUAAGUCGGAAAUUGUGAUGAAAAACAUUGAAAACAUCGAAUUGGGCUUAGGAGAAGCACAGGUAAUCGUCGUUCUUGCGUCUCAUCUCCAAAAUAUUGAGGCUGAAAAGCAAAAAUUGCGAACUCAAGUUAGACGAUUGUGUCAAGAAAAUGCGUGGUUGCGAGACGAAUUGGCUAAUACACAACAAAAACUGCAAGCUUCCGAACAGACGGUUGCACAGCUUGAAGAAGAGAAUAAACAUCUCGAGUUCAUGGCAUCUGUGAAAAAAUACGACGAUAAUCAAGAAAAUGAAGAACAACAAGAAAAGUCCCGUUCGGAUCCCGUGGUAGAACUGUUCCCUGAAGAUGAAUCCGAAGAAAGGCACAACAUGUCGCCUACACCACCGAACCAGUUUGCAAAUCAUGCCAAUGCAGGCUACGAGAUUCCAGCGCGCUUGCGAACAUUGCACAAUUUAGUUAUCCAGUAUGCUUCUCAAGGUCGUUAUGAAGUUGCUGUGCCGCUUUGUAAGCAAGCUUUGGAGGACCUGGAGAAAACCAGCGGUCACGAUCAUCCUGAUGUAGCCACUAUGUUGAAUAUUCUGGCUUUAGUAUACAGAGAUCAGAAUAAAUAUAAAGAAGCUGCGAAUUUACUGAAUGAUGCAUUGGCAAUUCGAGAGAAAACAUUAGGCGAAAACCAUCCCGCAGUAGCUGCAACUCUCAAUAACCUUGCCGUGCUCUAUGGUAAACGUGGUAAAUAUAAGGAUGCUGAACCCCUUUGCAAAAGAGCUUUGGAAAUACGCGAAAAUGUGCUUGGAAAAAAUCAUCCAGAUGUCGCUAAACAGUUAAACAAUUUGGCACUCUUAUGCCAGAAUCAGACUAAAUAUGAGGAAGUGGAAAUGUAUUACCAAAGAGCCUUGGAAAUAUACGAAAUGAAACUUGGCCCUGAUGAUCCUAAUGUAGCAAAGACAAAGAAUAAUCUGGCAAGCUGCUACUUGAAACAAGGCAAAUACAAAGAAGCAGAAAUUUUGUACAAGCAGGUUCUAACAAGAGCUCACGAGCGCGAAUUUGGUGCGAUUAACGGUGAAAACAAACCAAUUUGGCAGGUUGCAGAAGAGAGAGAGGAAAACAAGUUGAAGAACCGGGAGAAUACACCUUAUGGCGAAUAUGGCGGCUGGCACAAAGCAGCUAAAGUGGAUUCACCUACCGUGACAACAACGUUGAAGAAUCUUGGAGCACUUUACAGAAGACAAGGCAAAUAUGAAGCUGCCGAUACUCUAGAGGACUGCGCUUUGCGUAGCAAAAAAGAGGCGUUGGAUCUCGUAAAGCAGUCGAAGGUUGCAAAGAUUCUUGGUGUUACCGAAGAGAACAGACGUCAAAGGAUGAAGGACAGUGAUAACUAUGACGAAGAAGGAAAGCGAUCUCAGAAGUAGAUUGAUGUUUUUACGUACUACCAGCAUUCAUGUUUUCACAAACGUCAGUAUUGGCAAAGUUUUUAUAUUGAAUGAAACAAGUGGAAAAAAUAACACUCUCGGCAUCGA